AUGACGAACAAGAUCCGGAUCGCGCUCGCGCAGACCAACCCGAUAUCCGUCGAGGUCGACCUAGCUGAGAGCGAAAAGGACAAGCACGUCUCGCCGUUCCCGACGCUGGAGCACAAUCUCGUCGACGCUGCGCGGGCAGUGAAGGAUGCGGCUGAGCGGGGGGCCGAUGUCGUCGUGUUUCCCGAGUACUUUCUGCAAGGUUUUGUGAACGAGGGACGCCAGCGCCUGGCCAAGAGCCACCGGGUCGGCAUCGUCGGCUCGAUCGUCCACGGCGUCCUCCCCGAGACGACCGAGGACCCCUUCCCGACUUCUGAUCCGUUCACGCACCUCUCGGCCGAGUGCUCGCUGCCCGACCGCUGCACGACCUCCCCCGAGCAGCAGGCGUGGAUCGACUGGCUCGCGCGCAACAUGACGGACAAGGUCGAGAACGCGGGCCACCCUCAGGCGCCGAUCCUCCACAACACCGCGUUCUACAUUGACGAGAACGGAGAGCUUAUCGGGGAACUGUACCUCACCCCAGGAGAGGUGGACAACAAGGCCUUUGAUACCAAGUGGGGCAAGGCUGGCUUCCUCAUCUCCCAGGCCCUCGCCGACCAGGGCGUCAAGCUGAUUUUCGCGCCGACAUACUGGCUGAGCUCCGACUCGCAGCCGUACCUUGACGAAUGGCCGCACGCCCCAGACUACGAGUAUCAGCUGCUGCAGGCUCUGUGCUUCACGCGCAGUGUCGAGACCGAGACCGUGUACAUCAUGGUGAACCCGGGCCAGCCCACGGGUGCGACCAACGACCACAUGGGCGGCAGCGGCGUCUGGUCCCCGCUCCGGGGCAAGGUUGAGGGGAGCUUUGAGGGGCACGGCGUCGGGACGAAUAUCGUCGAGAUCGACCUCGACGUGCUCGGUCGCGCGAGGGAGUUGUACAAGGUCCAGGAGGACUGGAAGAGGACGAGGAAGUAG